UCUUCCUUCCUUCCCCUUUUUCCUUACGCAAUAUACAGAAAUGCGCGAGGCGGUGGUUGGUUUUCAUUUCUUCUUCGCGGUUGUGUGCAUGCGGUGGGAUUGUGAGAGUGCGUGUGUGAGAGCGGUGGGCAGUGUUGACUUCUUCCGAGUGUGCUCUUCUCGGGGAUCGGUUGUGGGUCCGUGUGAGAUGGUGUCUGCGCUGUUUGGGGGUGUGGAUUUUGAUUCUUCGAGGUCCUUCUGCGUGUUUUAUCGUUGUAUAUAAAUGUUAGUUUGCCUUCUUGACAUGGAUCUGGUUCUGUGUGUGGGGUUAUGCGGCCUUUGCAAUUGUGUUUGGGUGGUUUCGUUGUUGUGUUGGGCAUGUGUGAUCUUGACUACCUGGGGCUGUGUGUCCGUGAGAGAUUGCGUUUGACUGAUUUCGUUGUCAUGUUGGACAAUGUGCGGGCCUGACCAAGUCGGUUUGUGGGGCAGAGUUGGGUUGUGUUUCUGUGGGGCUGGACGUGUGUGGUCCUGUCCCCUGGGCACGCAGCCUGAGUGCUUGUGUCCUUAGGAAGUGCAUUUUAACAUCCCUGGGGGGUGGGGGGGUGGAGGGGAGGGCGAACGAGAGAUGGAGGUGCAAGCUGAGAAGGCGGCAUGGAGGCAAGGAAAGGGAUUUCACAUUUUAUUCCAAAUUAUGAUGUAUUUGGAAGCCAGUGUUGGCGUGGAUGGGCAGACCGAGCCCGAUCAGCGGCUGCUCUCUCCGAAGGCCAGCCUGUGCCUCGGUGUUUCAGGGAUUUGCUCUUGAGUGGGAGGUUCUUCCAGGGUCCAAGCUGAGCUGCGCUCGCUUAGUCCGGCGUCUUCCAGCCGAUAGCGGCCGGCUUCGGUUCCCACGGCAUUCCGCUUCGUCCAUUUCUGGUCAGUUUCGGGGGGUACAGCCGCCGGGGUCCGCGGGAGAGGCCCGGAAAAGACAAUGGUCGCAUUCUCCAGGCCUCGCGCUUCGGGUGGGGACCUUUGGGAUCAUCUCCAAGGAACAUUUGUCCAUCCCCUCCCCGGGUGAGCGACAUUCCCGCGUGGGUCGGGUACCCGUCGCAUCGGUGGCCAGGACCGGGCUCCGAGGGAUGGGAUCAAUGCUGCCCUAGCUCAGGAAGAAAGGAUUUUCUUUUGCCAGUUAUUGUGGUUGCUAAUGUCAUCGUCGUAGUCAUCAUCAUCAUCAUUAUUUUAUUUUAAUUAAAAUAAUCGUCCAGGAGCAAAGCAGCUUUUCCCUUUUAGCCCGGAUUGAUAACAAAGCCGCGCUGCGGCCCCCAGCCAGCUCUGUUAUUUUUAAGUUGCUGGGUUUAGGGUAGGAAAAGAAAAUGGAGGCGGGACGGACACAGAGACUCGGUCAUACAGCAAAAAUUAAUUCCGACCUAAAACACGGAGAAUGAGUGGAUUCCCUUUCUUCCCACCCCUCCCCCAUGUGGAUUAGAAGAAGAGAAAGAAAAUCUCUCACGUUGGAUUGAAACCGCAGGGAAGAAUUAUUCCUAUAUUUCCAUCAAAGUCAGGGCAAAAAGGAGGCCUUUGCAGUUAAUCCAAGAUUUCCAUGUGCGAUCAUAAACUGGAUUAUUUACACAAAACAAAUUAAACUAAAACCUCCGGAGAGGGGAGAGGAGCAACCUAAAUCUCUCUACUGCUACACCCUGGGAAGUAGUCAUGGGUUUAUUUUUACCCUCCCUCCCUUUGCCUUGUUUAUUGCUGCGAGGAAUUAUUAGAAUUCUCCCCUUCUCUGCGGGUCUGAACACUGAAAAAUAAAAAAUCGUUGUGUAGAGAUGGCUGAGGGGAAGGCGGCGGAGGUUCCUUUCCUUUCCUUUUCUUCCCUUCCCGUCCCUUCCCUUCGCUUCCCUUCCCUUCGCUUCCCUUCCCUUCCCUUCCCUUUCUCUCCCUCUUAAUCAGUAGGAAGAAAAGGGAACUGGAUAGAUCCGAUAGCCAGCCCCCCAUCCUCUCGGAUCCGCGCGGUCCCGACUCCAUUCCUGCGGGAAAGCAGCUUUUGAAUUGGGUUCUGGUUUCGCUUUGGGCAGGUGGGGGUCAUGGAGAGACUGGGGGGCUCCGAGGUUCUGCCCCAUGGACUAGGGUUUGAAGACUGGAUUCCUGAUUUCCGACACACAUCCCCCUACCCACUCAGGCCAGGCUGCGGACGACUCCACGCUGUGGCUGCAGCUCUGGCCUCACCCGGGUUCCAGAGCCAACCACGUAGACGUGUCAGUGCUUAGAAAACAUCCCCGGUCACCCUGAACCAGAUAGCCCAGUAAAAGGGUCCCAAAACGUCCCGGGCAGCCUACAGCGGGGCUGUUGUUGUUGGACUAAAUAGUUAUUCCUGAUUGGUCAUGUGUAGGGUUCUUUUUUAUGGGUGGGGGGAGGCUUCAAACACCUGCAGGUUGGGGGCGGAAAGCUGUUCGUGAUUCCCUGGGCUGGUUGGUGAGGACGUGAGGUAAUUCCCAGCCAUUGACCCCCAUUUCUCUCUCUCCCUCCCUCUCGCCCUCCCUCUUUCUCUCCACCCCCAUUUUUCCUGGAAACUCGUUUUGGGCGCGGCAGACCGCCGAGGACCACACCGCGGCCUGACUGCUGGUCACUCGGGGAGAGGGGGAAGCAAAGACCCCCGUCUACGACCUGGACCUUGGCUUCCGCCUCUUUCCGGCGGCGGAGUGGAGAUCCUAUUGAGAGGGGCCGAUCUCUCUAAAUAUGCCCCAGGAUGACGGAGCGGCCGCCGAGCGAGGCGGCACGCAGUGACCCCCCGCUAGAGGGACGGGAGGCGGCCGAGGCCCGCAUGGCCCCCCCGCACCUGGUCCUGCUGAACGGCGUCGCCAAGGAGACGAGUCGCGCGGCCCCAGCCGAGCUCCCGGUCAUCGAGCUGGGAGCUCGCGGCGGCCCGGGGGGCGGCCCCGCGGGUGGGGGCGGCGCCGCGCGAGACUUAAAGGGCCGCGACGCGACCGCGGCCGAAGCGCGCCAUCGGGUGCCGACCACCGAGCUGUGCAGACCUCCCGGGUCCGCCCCGGCGCCCGCGUCCGCCCCGGCGCCCGCUGAGCUGCCCGGCGACGGCCGCAUGGUGCAGCUGAGCCCGCCCGCGCUGGCGGCCCCCGCCGCCUCCGGCCGCACGCUGCUCUACAGCCUCAGCCAGCCGCUGGCCUCGCUCGGCAGUGGGUUCUUUGGGGAGCCAGAUGCCUUUCCUAUGUUUGCCACCAACAACCGAGUGAAGAGGAGACCCUCCCCAUAUGAGAUGGAGAUUACUGAUGGUCCCCACACCAAAGUAGUAAGGCGCAUCUUCACCAAUAGUCGGGAGCGGUGGCGGCAGCAGAAUGUGAAUGGGGCCUUCGCUGAGCUCCGCAAGCUGAUCCCCACGCACCCGCCAGACAAGAAGCUCAGCAAGAAUGAGAUCCUCCGCCUGGCCAUGAAAUACAUCAACUUCUUGGCCAAGCUGCUCAAUGACCAGGAGGAGGAGGGCACCCAGCGGGCCAAGCCUGGCAAGGACCCUGUGGUGGCGGCUGGUGGAGGGGGUGGGGGUGGAGGGGGUGGUACACCCUCAGACGACCUCCUGCAGGACGUGCUGUCCCCCAACUCCAGCUGUGGCAGCUCCCUAGAUGGGGCAGCCAGCCCAGACAGCUAUACAGAAGAGCCUGCACCCAAGCACACGGUCCGCAGCCUCCAUCCUGCCAUGCUGCCCGCCACUGAUGGAGCCGGCCCUCGGUGAUGGGCCUGGGGCCAUCCUAGACCAGCCAGGAGGAUGCCCUCAUGCCGUUGGGACUGUGGGCUUCAGGGCAGGUGGGUGAAGACUGGGCAACUCUGAAGCAGGGCAAUGGACUUGAUGAGCUUUCUGUGAUGUCUGAACUUUGGGAAGCCCAAACUGUCCCUGGGGCUGGCUUUCUUCUUUCCUGCUUCAGUAGGAGAACAGAAAAAUGAAGUAAAGUGGUAGGUACUUUUUAUGAAGACGGCACGGUCUUCCCCCUUCCCCAGAUCCCUAAGACUUCUCAAAUACGAGACUCGAGUGGCACUGUUUUUGGCCUGGAGCUUGGGAGCCCUGUCUUUGCUGAGACCUGGGAUUGUCAGCUCUCGCCUGAGGCAUUCAGCAGCCUCUGCUUUGCCUUUAGUCCCUCCCAAGCUGGCUGGGGUGGCUUUUGUGGCCACUCUGGCCAAAUAUAUAGGUACCCAAUAGCUGCCCGUUUCUUGAGCCCCAUCUUCACUCAGGCCCGUAUUGGUCCAUCCAGCUUGCCAGCUACUGCAGAGUCACAAGCCUCGAGGUGCCUUCUUCAGGGCCUGGCUGAAGAAGAUGGCCAGUGGACUACCUGCUCCCGACUAGCCGGGUCAGAGGGUCAGAAAACACAGUAGCCCUUACUUCUUGCCCCGGGCACUGAAGUUCUGCUUUCUCCCCACUGAAACUUGUCUUACUAAUCCUUGUGGCUGUGGGGACCAAGUCUGCAGCUGUGAGCAUGCCCUUUGGGCUUUGUGGGAAGGCAGAGAAAGGGAAACCAAUUAGAGGAAAAUGAGCAAGAGCUAUUUGGGCCACGUGGGCUUCAAAUCCUGGUGGUGUCUCAAAGCUACCUGCCUGUAUUCUCGGCUACGCAUCACUUCAUGUGGUGAGCAAAUGCCAGUGUGCCGACGGGCAUGCAUUGGUGCUGAGAGUAGAUGCGAGCCCCAUUGGUGCAUUCUGCUAGAUGCUGAGAGGGCCCCCCCCUGCUGCAGGAUGUAUGUUUGCUGAUGCUCUGCUCUGUGUUCCAAACUGAACUGAGCACAAACUCUGUCCUAGGAAUUCCUGGCAUUUGGGAUUUCUUUCCUGGCACUGGGAUUUUUGCUCAAUUGCAGUGAUUGGUGGGAUCUUGAUAUGACCCAGAACCCAGCCCCAAUCCUAGGACAUGGGGAAUCCAAUUAGAGACCAGUUUAAGGUUCACUUAGCAGACUCUGCAACACCCCUCAAUGGUGCAGCUUUCAGCCAUCACGGGUGUGUAUGGGAGGCUGGCUUAAUGCAGUAGGAGUGCCCGCCUCCAAAAGUUGUACAUGGCAUUUCUGUAAAUCAAAUCUUUAUCCUUCAUCUUUUAAAGAAAUACUACCACAAGUCCUUUUGUAAGUGAAGAAUCCUUUAGUAGAGUGGACCACUGCCCCCUUGUUGGAAUAAAAUGCACACAAGUCCUACAUACCUGUCAUUGUACCCUCAAGUCACCCCAGCCAUCCCCCACCAGGCUCUGCCUUUGAGGUCAGAGAAGAACGACCCCAUGGCCCUGCCCAGCGCUGUGGCUGUUGGAAAAGCCCUCACACAUUUUGGGUUCAGUCCAGGGCUUGCCCUCGCUGUGAUGGGGCCUUGAGUACAGCCGAGUACAGCUUUAUGCAGACAGGGCAUGAUCGCUGCUCUCCUCACCUUCCUUUUAAGUUGGGAGGUCCAGUUCUUGGAGAUAGGAGCGACAUGGUUAACCCUUGUAGCAUUCUGACACUCCGUCCCAUGUCACCUUCCCAAAAUCAUGUUUUGAUGAACGUUCGUUGGGAUGGGUUCCUUUCCAGUACUUGGCAGCUUCUGUGAGAAUUCCUGUCUGUCUAAAGAUGGAGCAUUUGUCCUAGGUCUAAGGCUGUGUUGCUUCCUGGUGGAUUAAUUUGACUUGGGAGUAAAAAGUGACCAUGGUGUGAACGAGUGGAUGGGUUUUUGGAGAUGAAUCACACAUUCUCUCAGGAACUCAAGCUUCUGGCUCCCUCUUCUCUCAGAUUCACAGCGUGACCUGGACAAGUUCUCUCUCCGAGUGUCCGUUUCUCAUCAGUACCCUGGCUUGUCUGUCCCCUAGGGCUGUGGACUGACUGGAAUCAUGAAAGUAGAAGCAUUUUGAGACCAUAAAGAACUCUGUUGCCCUUAAUAGCAACCCUGCAUUCGGGGUUCCCACCCUGAGUCUAGGACCUAGGCAGUGGGCCAGUCUGCCUGACUACACAGCAUUUGGGUAAUUUAGGUUCUAAACCACUUUUGCCUGACCUAGAUUGUCCCCAUUUCUCUAGGUUGAUCUCAUUUCUGUCUCAUUCUAAGGCAAGGUAUAGGACUGAGAAUGGAAAAGAGAUAUGGGAACAUGGAAAGAAGAUGUAAAACAUAAUGCAGAUACCUAAAAUGGGACUGGGUAGGAAAGCACAAAGCUCCAGGUCUUCGUAAGACCUAGAAGAUCCAUUAUUUUUAUUUUCAUUUCUAGCACCUCAUCCCUCCACCAUACCCUUCUCCUUCUCUGCCCGCUCCUCACCCAUGAAGAAAUGGCAACAUUCCAAGAAUAAUAUCUGUACAAAAGGGAAAAUAUGUAAAGGUAUAAACAACAACAACAUGAGGAGAGCAAAGAUGACUAUAAUGACUAGAGGGACUCCCAUCUUUUAAGAAAAGUUCAUAUUUUACUUGUAGUGGCAAAUGACAAGAUGGUACAACCUUUAUCCUUUUCCAGAAACAAAACCAAGGGCACAGCAUCUGUAGUCAGCUGACAACUAUUUCGGCCUUUGGGGGUGGUCUGGUCGUACUUGUGAUGUCAGUGGUACGUGACCCCCUGCUGAAAGCUUGCCCCCUGCCCAUGUACAUAGCGCAGUGUUCCUGUGGGCGGGCCCAGCACUUUCCGUCAAUGUUGUACUGUACGUGAUGAAUUGAUGAAUUGCGUUGGUCUCUGCAUUUUUCUGCAGGAGAGGAGUGACUGCUCCAGGUACCUUGACCUUUGUACAUCCCAGAGGCCAACACUGUGGGCGUGUGACUCUUUAGCGACACAACCCAUGUGGUGAUCAUGUGUGUAUAUAUAUAAGGAUAUAUUGGGAAGAUUUCUAAAUAAAAGUUUUACA